AUGGUGUCUCUAGAGGUGAAGGAAGAUGAUGGCAAAGGCAAUUUCAGUCCUGUACCCAAAGAUCGAGAUAAACUGUUCUUCAAACUCAGACAGGGAACUGAGAAGAAAGUGGUCAUCACAAUCCAGCAGAUGUCAAACAAGGAGCUGGUGGCGGAGAGGUGUUUUGGGAUGCUUCUCAGUCCUGGCAGAAAUGUUAAGAACAGUGACAUGCAUCUUCUUGAUAUGGAGUCCAUGGGGAAGAGCAGCGAUGGUAAAGCAUAUGUGAUCACAGGCAUGUGGAACCCAAACGUCCCUGCAUUUCAAGCACUCAAUGAGGAAACUUCGAAAGAUAAACGAGUGUACAUGACAGUUGCUGUAGACAUGGUGGUAACGGAGGUGGUAGAGCCUGUCCGGUUUCUGCUGGAGACUGUGGUCCGGGUGUACCCCACAAACGAGCGAUUCUGGUAUUUCAGCCGCAAAACCUUCACAGAGACCUUCUAUUUAAAGCUGAAACAGGUACGUGGAUCUGGGAGUAAAGGGGCUGGCGAUGCAAUCUAUGAAGUUUUGAGCUUGCAGCGGCAGUCAGAAAUCGCUGAGGCUCCUACCAGCCCAACAAGCACAAGUGGAGUUAUGUCUCCACAGGAAGAGGAGGACCCAGAAGAAGAAAGUGACAGUGAACUCUGGAGUGGCUCCGGUGACGUUUCCAAAGAAUGUCCAGAGAAGAUAUUGGGAUGUUGGGGUCAGCUGCUUCUCAAAUGGCACAGCAAUCUGAGCGUCAGGCCAAAGGGACUGUCAUCACUCGUGAAGCGUGGGGGAGUACCCGAGGCGUUAAGAGCAGAGGUUUGGCAACUGCUUUCUGGCUGUCACGAGGACCAAGAAAUGUUGGACAAGUACAAGAACCUCAUCAUAAAAGUAGGAGUUCUUUAA